AUGCGCGUAACACUCGCAUUCGCGGCAUGCGCGGUCGCGUUCCGCGCGCCGACGCCGCCGCUGCGGCAACGUGUAACACUGCGCGCCGCGGACCUCGACGAGAUCCGCAAAAUGCGCGCGUCCGCGAUCCAGCAGGAGCUGCGCGCGGCGGGCGUGCGUUAUGAUGAUUGCUUCGAGAAGGACGAGCUCGCGAAGCGCCUGCUGGCGUUCCAGAACGGCGAGGACGUGCCGAAGAGCGCGCCGGCGCCGGCGCCCGCGCCGACGCCGCGCCCGGCGCCCGCGCCGAAGACGCGACGGCGGCCGGAGGACGAGGACGUCAUCGACGUCUCCUCCUACAAGGCGCCGCCGUCGCAAAAAACGGCGCCGCCUCCAGCAGAUUUCGACGCCGAGGCCGAAAUGGCCAACGCGUCGAAGAUGCGCAUCAAGGAGCUCCAGGCGGCGCUGGGGCGGAUGGGCGUGUCGACGCGCGGCAUGCUCGAGAAGGCGGAGCUCGUCGACGCGUACGUCGGCGCGCUCCGGGACGGCAAGCGGCCCGACGCGGCCGCGGCGGGCGACGACGUCUUCGACGACGACGUGGUCGAGCUCAAGACCUCGAAGAUGCCCAAGGCGGGCGGCGGGCCCCAGCAGCCGCCGGCGGGCGGCUCGCCCUUCGGCGGCGGCGCGCCCGGCGGGAGCCCGUUCGGGGGCGGCGCGCCCGGCGGCUCGCCCUUUGGAGGGGGCGGCGGGAACCCGUUCGGCGGCGGCGCGGGCGGCAUGCCGAACAUCGCCGACAUCUUCUCGGGCAUGGGCGGCGGCGGCAUGGGCGGCAACCCCUUCGGGGGCAUGGGCGGCGGCGGUAUGGGCGGCGUCCAGGAGCUCUUGCAGAAGGCCAUGGGCAACCCCAAGGUCAUGGCCGCCGUCCAAAAGGCGGCGGGCAACCCGAAGGUCAUGGCCGCGGUCCAGGACGUCAUGCAAAAUGGACCGGGCGCGAUGAAGAAGUACGAGAACGACCGCGAGGUCAAGGCGAUCCUCGACGAGUUGAAGGGGAUUCUCUGA